AUGCCAGACGACCAUGCUCCGGUCAACGGCCACACCACCAGAGGCACCACGGCAAAUGGCCACACAAACGGGACAACCCCUGCCGCUUCCGCUCUCUGCUCCGUCCAAGACUUCGUCGAGGAAGCCUUCGACUACCUCAUCGUAGGCGGCGGCACCGCAGGUCUCUGCGUUGCCGCCCGGCUGUCCGAAAACCCCAACGUCCGCGUUGGAGUCCUCGAAAUCGGCAAAAAUCUCAUGGACGACCCGCAGGUGUACACUCCAGGUCUGUAUCCGACACUGAUAGGACGCGAGAAGUACGAUUGGUGUUAUAUGUCUGAGCCCGUACCGACAGCGGGGAAUAAGAAGUAUUCGAUGCCCAGGGGGAGGUUGCUAGGUGGGAGUUCCGGAAUUAAUUAUUUGAUGUAUGUGAGGGGGAGCAAGAAGGAUUAUGAUGGAUGGAGGGAUCUGGGCAAUGAAGGUUGGUUUCUUGAUGGGAUAUCUGAUUUGGGCUGCACUGACGAUGGCAGGUUGGGGAUGGGAUGACAUGGUACCAUAUUUCCGCAAACAUCAGACUCUUGACCCGGCCGAGAAGCACCCGCCGAACGAGCAAUUCAUGCCCACCGGCGCAAAGGAGAAAUACCACGGAACCAAUGGACCGAUUCACACCUCGUUUAAUGACUACUACGAGCCAUUCGAGUACGACUUUUGCGAAGCAGCGUACGAGACUGGAGGCAACAACCGCACUCUGGUGGACGCCUGGUCGGGUGACCACAUGGGCUUCUAUUCUUCCCUGGCAGCAGUGGACAGAACUGGAGAUCCCGGAAGACGCAGUUAUGCAGCGACGGGAUAUCUGCGUCCGAACCUGGCGCGGCCGAAUUUGAAAGUGCUGUGCGAGGCGCUUGCCACCAAGGUGCUACUGAAUGGCGAUACUGCCAGGGGAGUGGAGUUCUUGCACGAUGACAAGAAGUACCACGUUCUGGCCUCCCGGGAAGUGAUCUUGUCCGGAGGUACGAUCAACAGCCCACAGCUAUUAGAGCUCUCCGGAAUUGGAGAUCCAGAAGUUUUGAAGGCUGCCGGUGUGGAAUGUCUGGUCAAGAAUGAGCGAGUCGGGGCAAACUUCCAAGACCACGUCCUCGGCGGAGUCUUGUACGAUCUUGCACCCGGCCUCACGUCGCUGGAUUCCAUGCAGGGAGAGGAGUACCAGAAGGCGAUGUCGGCCCUGUACGAGAAGACGAACAAUGGGCCCCUUGGGUCUCCAGGAAUGUUGAUGGGUUUCGUCUCAUACGCUUCGCUAGUGGAUAAGCCAACAUUGGAUGCUACAAUUGCGAAGAUUCGCAAGGACUCUCUGGCAAAGACCGAGUUCGAGAAAAGACAGGAAGAUCUUAUCGUGAAGCAAUUAUCGGAUCCAAACUUCGCGAAUAUCCAGACGUUCUGUAAGUCCAAUCUCUAAAGCUUUUCGAUUGCAAUCUGACUGGGACAGGCAUCGGCUGUCAAUUAGAUGUCAGCGCUGGCCAGAGCCAGAUUGAGUUCUUCAGUCCUCCGUAAGCCCCCCCUCUCAUCUCGGUGUCGCUCAGCACAGAUCAUGCUAACACAAUGCUUCACAGGCCAUCCGAAAAGAAUCGCGUUUCUCUAUUGGUCUGCCUAGAACAUCCUUUGUCGCGAGGUACGGUCCACAUAACCAGUCCUAGUCCCAAAGAGCAUCCGCGCAUCGAUCCGGGAUACUUCCGCAACGCUGCCGACGCCAAGAUCCUCGCCGAGGGCAUUAAAUGGAUGGAUAAGGUUACCAAGCAACCAGUCAUGGCGAAGAACCUCGGGGAGCGUGUCCUGCCUCCACAGAAUGACAGCAUCGAAAGCGAAGAGGAGAGAGUUGAGUAUGUGAAGAAUCACAUCUCCACCCAGUACCACUUGAUUGGUACCUGUACGAUGGGCGAAGUCGUCGACGAGAAGCUGAAAGUCAAGGGCGUCAGCCGCUUGCGAGUGAUUGAUGCUUCGGUCUUCCCUGGCCAUGUUUCUGGUAACAUCAUGGCAUCGACCUAUGCUGUAGCCGAGAAGGGCGCAGAUUUGGUUAAGGCGGACGAUGAGCGUUUCCGCUAA